CUACACCUGGAACGACUCAGAUUUGGUGGUGAGGACAUUGAAGGUCAAGAUGAGAUUCUCGAAAGUCUCGAUGGAGUUCUGCAAGCUCUGGCUGAAGACAAACACAGAACUUCCAGUCUCCUUGCAGAAGGGGAGAUUUUGCCAGCUUUUGCCAGACUUCUGCAGGGCACUCCACUUUGUGCAGUGAAGGCAGCCCAGGUGCUUGCAGAGAUAGCUAAAAAUGAGGAAAUGAAGGUCCCCUGUAUUGAUGCUGGUUUGGUUCCCGUCUUGGUACCCCUUUUGGACAGCACCGAUCAAGAGAUGCUGCUUCAUGUCGGCCGGGCCAUUGGCCGUAUUUGCUACGAUAACAAUGAUCUUCAAGAACAGCUGGUGGGGGCAGGAGUGAUAACAUCAGUGGUCAGAAUAUUGUCAGACUAUCCAGAUAACGAACCCCUUGUCCGCGUCAACAUGCUCGCCUUGUCCAACCUGGCAGAUCUAGAUGUGGCUAAAGACGCCCUUAGCAAGACCAGGGCUGCCGAACAGCUGGUCCAUCAACUGCGACGGGUGAACCAUCACGAGAAGGUCGAGAUCAUUCUGGAGGUCCUUCAGACACUAGCAGAGAAUGAUGCCUUGAAAUUGCAACUGGCAGAAGCUGGUGUCCAGGAGGCUCUGGUAGAGAUCUUGCUGAGGCUGCAGGAGAGCUUCAGACCAGAAGAUAUGUGCAGCUUGAAGGCGGCAUCUGAUCUCGUCGUGUCCUUGCUGCUUGGGGAUGAAUCCAUGCAGCAGCUGUUUGCAGAAGGGCAUGGCGUGAUCUACCAGAGUGUGGGCACGUGGCUGGCAUCCAAGCACACCCAGUUACAACUGACAGGGGCUCUAGCAAUUGCUAACUUUGCCAGGAACGACAGCAACUGUGUUCGGAUGGUGCAGCUGGGAGUGGUACAUCAACUGCUGGAUCUUUUAGAGCAACACGUGGAAAGCGGAGACGUCUCGGUUCAACAUGCUGCGCUCAGUGCUCUCCGAAACCUUGCCAUACCAGUGGCUAACAAGGUCCAGAUGCUGGAUGAAGGGGUCGGCAAGCGGAUCCAGAUGCUUUUGAGGUCAGAGGUGCCACCUGUUCAAUUCAAGCUCCUUGGGACACUGAGAAUGUUGAUCGACGGUCAAGCUGAUGCGGCAGAAGAAAUGGGCCAAGAUCCCGUAUUGCUAAACAGACUGGUGCAGUGGUGUGAUUCAAAGGACCACACAGGAGUCUGCGGAGAAGCGAACCGACUGCUGGCAUCGCUCUUACGUCACAGUCGAUCUCACGAAGUUGUCAAAGCCAUUCAAGAGGCUCAAGGAGUGAAGCACCUGGUUUCCAUGGCAACAAGUGAGCAUGUCAUAAUGCAGAAUGAAGCUCUGAUCGCCUUGGCCAUUGCAUCCGCAGUCGGUUUAGAAAAUAUCAAAGAAGCAUUCAAAGAAGCCAAGCUGGUUCAGAAUAUACACAAACUGCUCAAAGCAGACAGUACAGGUCCAGAGGUGAAAUAUAAUUCCAUGGGUCUGUUGUGCAGCCUCCUCAAUUCAGCUGAGAUGAGACAAGAAGCUGAAAAGGAGCGGAUGAAAGAAACCCUGGAGACCCUCUGCAGCCACAGCAAUGGGAAUGUAGCCAAGCAAGCUCUCAUGGCUCUGCAGAUCCUGAACGAGGAGCACCACCUCUUUGAGCCAUAG